CCCAAAGCACCUGCCUCCCCCCUUCACGCCCCGGGGCCCCGGCUCGCAGCGCCGCUGGUUGGUGCCGGCUGCUCCGACCCAGCCGCUGCGCGCUCCUUUGGCGGGCCGUGGCUGGCCUGCGAGGGAGGACGGCGCACAGGGGGAGCGACAGGCCCCCGCCCCGGCCGGACCCGCGCCGGGACCUGCCUGUGCUGGGAGCCCGGGGCCUGUCUAUCUGUCCGUAGCGCCCGUCGCCGCAGGAGCUCAGGCCGACCAGCCUCAGGUCCCCCCCCCCCGAGUCCGCCGGACGCUGCCUGCUGGGUUUACAGCCCCACGUUGCCGGGGUUUGUUUUGUUCUCUGCCUGAAAUCUGGAAACCUGUUGUUUGGACGCUGAACUAUGACAUCAUGGCAAGAUUUCACAGAAGAACAUGCAUUAUUUUGUUGCUUUUUAUUUUAUUCAUUUGCUCCAUGAUGAUGGCCUUGAAGACGCUGAGACCUGACGGAGCUGGUUUUGGGGAUCCCUUUGGACUUGGUCUCUUACCGGAACUUCAACAACGGACAACACUCUUAGAAAAUAAACACAGUCCCCUAACUGCUGCCAAUGGUGAUAGUGUAACACACACCAAUAAUUUGCACAGUAUUGCAUUGAAUAGCAUUAAAAUAUCUAUGGCCUCUGUAAGAAAGUUGGAAGAGGAAUUGCCUUCCCCUAAUUAUAACUUUCAUGUAUUCUACUACACCUGGUUUGGGAAUCCACAGUAUGAUGGUAAAUAUAUUCACUGGAACCAUCCACUGGUGCCACAUUGGGAUUCUAAAAUUGCAAACAAUUACCCAAAGGGAAGACACAAUCCUCCAGAUGAUAUUGCGUCCAGUUUUUACCCUGAACUUGGAACAUACAGCUCUAAAGACCCUUCUGUCAUAGAAGCCCACAUGCAACAAAUGCGUUCAGCCUCUGUUGGUGUCAUAGCCCUUUCUUGGUACCCACCUGGUAUGGCUGAUGAAAAUGGGGAACCUGGUGAAGAUUUGGUGCCUGUUAUUUUGGAUAAUGCACAUAAAUACAAUCUAAAGGUCACUUUUCAUAUUGAGCCAUAUAAAGAUCGCGAUGAUCGCAGUAUGUACAGCAAUGUGAAGUACAUUGUAGACAAAUAUGGAGGCCAUCCAGCUUUUUACCGGCAUAAGACCAGCACAGGCAGAACCUUCCCCAUGUUUUAUGUUUAUGAUUCUUAUGUAACAAUCCCUGAAAUAUGGGCAAAUCUAUUAACUGUUUCUGGAUCCCAGAGCAUUCGCAAUACACCGUAUGAUGGAUUAUUUAUUGCACUUCUAGUGGAAGAAAAACAUAAGCAUGAAAUCCACAGAAGUGGUUUUGAUGGAAUUUAUACAUACUUUGCCACCAAUGGUUUUUCUUAUGGCUCAUCUCAUCACAAUUGGCCAAGUCUAAAAGCCUUUUGUGACAGCAGCAAUUUAAUGUUCAUUCCAAGUGUGGGACCAGGAUACAUUGACACCAGCAUCCGACCAUGGAAUAACCACAACACCCGCAACCGUGUUAAUGGGAAGUAUUAUGAGACUGCCUUCAGUGCAGCACUUUUGGUGCGACCAGAAAUUAUUUCCAUCACCUCUUUCAAUGAAUGGCAUGAAGGGACUCAAAUUGAAAAAGCUGUUCCCAAGAAAACUGGACAGGUAACUUACCUGGAUUACAAGCCUCAUAAACCAACUAUGUAUCUGGAGCUCACUCGCAAGUGGUCUGAAAAAUACAGUAAGGAAAAAGAACAAUGGCUUAUGUGAGGUGCUGCCUCCCUUGUUUGUAAAUACAUUCAGUCCAUCUCAGAGGUGGAAAUGACACCGGGAAUUCUAAUUCAGCCAAUCAAGAUGUCUUUUAUUAUGAAUAUACUUU